AUGAACUCGACAGUGUGUGUUAUCGAGGCGAAUCCAGAUGUCACGGGUGUUGGAAUCCGCGCAUCCAUCUAUGCCCUCUGCCUUGGUGGAACAGUCGUGAGCUAUCUCCUUCGCGUGUUAUCACCAGGAGAAGAUGAAGCAGAGUUCUCGCGUGGCGUCUCUUCUGCCCUGGGCAUGCAAGGUCUAGCGCUUCUUUGCACAGCAAUUUACCAGACCUUCCGCACCGAGCUGACCCUCUUCCACGCCAUCUGCGUGGUCCAUCUCCUUGCUCUGCUGGGCAUGGACAUAAUCAGCAAAGGCAGAUACGCCGGCUUCGGGCCUUGGCGCUUAUGGUUCUUUGCCGUGAUCCAGAUCAUAUCGUUGGCGGCUUUUAUCGCCUUUAAUGUCUAUCUCUGGGUCACGGCGCCGCAUUUUGGGGCUCAACCGACAUGUAACCCGGAUACAGUGUACGUUGUCUUUGGUGUGAGCAUCAAGGCUGCUUCGCCCAUCUUCCGGUAUAUUAUUCUGGGCUCACUUGGGGCUAUUGCUGCGGGUUUCGUUCUUGUUUUCACAUGUAUGCUCCCGUGUUUUUGCGGUGCAUGGUAUUUCAACCGACGAAGUCGACGAGAUGAUGGGAGGGAAAGGCGCUGCGGGAACUGGUACUUGCAGUGGAACACUACCAAAAGCCAAGACGCCGAGGAGCAUGAACCGUUGCAUGGGCAGGCUUUGCGCAAUUACUCCUUGAAUAGGCUGGCUUACUUCGGGUUCUGCAUCUAUUUGAUCGUGUCACUGGAACAGACGAUCCAGCGCAACAACCUCGACCCAGAGGAAAGGGGGUGGACAUUCGGUCAGGUCAUUGCGAUCUUCUUGUUGCUCGGGGUCGCAAACGAGCUAUUAAAUGUCGUGCUCGCAAAAUGGGACCGGAAACUUGCAGGUGAACAUGAAGGAAGCCAGGAGCUGGUGCAACACAGGCCACCAUCUAGUGGGAAUUCAGCACAUUCAGUAGCGAGGUCGAUAGUUUAA